AAUUGUGAGUCUAUUCUCAACUGAAUUCUACCUAUUCAGCCAGCAGUCCGAGCUAAAUCGAGAGCAUUGUGAAAAAAGAAAACUUGAAAAUAAUAAGCUUGGAAAAGUGGGAAAGCGGGAAACAGGGCAAUGAGUGAAGCAGCGCAGACUGAGAACGAAAACGAUAAGCCGCCAUAUGCAUUUUUCUUUGGCGGAAUGGGUGCGGCCUCAGCCAUCAUAUUCUCAUCCCUGGGAGCAGCAUUUGGCACUGCAAAAUCAGGAACAGGCAUUGCCGCUAUGGCAGUGAUGCGACCGGAGCUAAUUAUGAAGUCCAUCAUUCCGGUGGUGAUGGCCGGCAUUAUAGCCAUCUAUGGCCUGGUUGUAUCGGUGCUAAUUGCCGGCUCCCUAUCACCGGAAUACACGAUACGCAAGGGCUACAUUCAUCUGGCAGCUGGAUUAUCUGUGGGGUUUGCCGGUCUAGCGGCGGGCUUUGCCAUCGGCAUCGUUGGCGAUGCUGGGGUGCGUGGCACUGCCCAGCAACCGCGCCUUUUUGUGGGCAUGAUCCUCAUCCUGAUCUUUGCCGAGGUACUGGGUCUAUAUGGGUUGAUUGUGGCCAUCUAUUUGUACACAAAGUAAUCGUCUAAGAAACUGAUUCAAUUUUGAGUGGCAUUAAAUAUCGUGUGUGUGUGUGUGUGUGUGUGUGUGUGUGGCAUGACAAGCAACCACUUAGAAAUGAAAUGUUCAUUAAGCUUAUGGCAAGGUGACCUUAUGCAUAAACAAAUUCCCAGGCGCAACGAAUCUGUGGCACCUUAGUGACAACUUAACAAAAUCACAUCGAAUGAAAGCAGCGCCAACCAGAAGCGAAACUCAAGCAAAAUAAAAGAAAA